AGCUUGCAGGCUGCAGCGCACACGUGGGGCACUUCUCAUCCUCAUUCCCUUCUUAUUAACGAACCCAACUCCACUGGAAAAGAACCCUUCAAUUCAAUUCACUCAGUUCAUAUUCAGACUCCUGGAUGAGUUCUUGAAGACAGACAAUCAGAAACGGACGGAGAAGUAAGAACAGCGUUUCCCAUGUACUGCCACUGCCAGUGCCACUGCCAUUGCCAUUACUGCAAGUUUCAAUGCAAGUUUGAAGAUUCAUUCCAUAUGCCCACAUUGACAUUUGUGAUUAUUCGUCCUCUCGGGCCAAAACCCAUUUGAGUUUUCUUAAUUUCUCUGCACGCAAAUAUCUCCCACACCUUCGGGAACCUCCAUAUCACACGCACAGUUCAUCUUGGUCAUCAGACAGGGUUAUGAAUCUGUGUGUUCUACAACAUCGGUAUCAAUACGGGUUCCUUUUCAGGUGCCUCUCGAUUUUCUAUGCGUUUCCGGGAAAAUUUUAUAUGUAGAAAGUGGGAGGCAGUUGACUUUCUCGAGAAAAUCCCAUGUGGGUCAGCGAUUCACAGUUGGGGCCAAUCCUUAUGAAAUGACUGCAGUUUGGGAAAUGACAACAGCGAAUAAAGACAUGAAAAAGAAGUCUGUCAUUCGGAAAAUUUUUGCAACGAGGGGGAGGAAUGGAAGCAAAAUGAUGAAGGCUUCUUUUGAUUCUUCUGAAGCACAGUCCAAUUCAGAGAUUGAAAGUGCAUUUUUAUCCGGUUUGGGAACUCCGAUGCCAAAUGGCCAAGAUACUCAGCCCUUCAGAGUUUUUGUAGCUACAUGGAAUGUAGGAGGGAAACCUCCUCACAGCGGUCUCAAUCUGGAUGAUUUUCUUCAGGUCCAUGAUCAAUCAGAUAUUUAUGUUUUGGGAUUUCAGGAAAUUGUCCCAUUAAAUGCCGGAAAUGUGUUGGUUGUAGAAGACAAUGAACCUGCAGCAAAAUGGCUUGCAUUAAUCAACCAGUCCCUAAACAGACCGCCCAAUGUUUGUUCCUUUAGUCACUCGUCCUUUAAGUCUGCGUCUGCAAGAGGUUUUAAACUCAUUGCCCCAACCAGUAGCACUCUAUUCUUCCAAAAGCCUUCCCUUAAAACAAUAAGUAAGAAUUUCAGGACAGAGAGUGGAAGGAGGAUGAAGACUUGCAAUUGUAGUACUUCUGAAUUGGAGAGGAAGUACAGUAAGGAUUUCUGUUUCCGAUGCCAAAAAUCACAUUUAAGAGAUGGUGACAUUUCUUCUGAAGAGGAUGAUGGCCCAGGUGACUUUGAUCUCUCGGGAUUUUCUCAUAGCUCUAGUACCAACCAGAUGAAAUACAGCCUUGUGGCCAGUAAGCAGAUGGUGGGAAUUUUUGUUACUAUUUGGGUAAGGAAGGAGCUUGUACAGCACGUAGCACACUUGAGAAUCUCCUCAAUUACACGGGGGAUCUUGGGCUGCCUUGGGAACAAGGGAUGUAUUUCGGUGAGCAUGUCUUUUCAUCAGACAAGUUUUUGCUUUGUCUGCAGUCACUUGGCUUCCGGAGAGAAAGAAGGGGAUGAGCUUAGAAGGAACUCAGACGUUAUUGAAAUACUUAAGAACACUCAAUUUCCAAAGAUCUGCAGAACACCUUACAGUAGGGUGCCCGAGAGAAUUCUUGAUCAUGAUCGAGUCAUAUGGCUAGGGGACUUGAAUUAUCGAAUUGCUUUGAGCUACUCUGAAACCCGUAAACUUCUGGAGGAGAAUGACUGGGAUGCACUUCUCGACAAAGAUCAGCUCAAGAUCGAAAGGGAAGCAGGGAGAGUAUUCAAAGGAUGGAAAGAGGGAAAGAUAUACUUUGCACCUACGUACAAAUACUCCUACAACUCGGACACUUACGCUGGUGAGAAUAUGAAAUCAAAAAACAAAAGAAGAACUCCUGCAUGGUGCGAUAGAAUACUAUGGCAUGGCGAUGGUAUACGGCAACUGUCUUACAUACGCAAAGAGUCUCGGUUUUCUGAUCACAGGCCUGUUUGCGCAACAUUUUUGGUGGAUGUCAUCAGAUUUGAAGGUGGACUAAAAAAUGGGUUUAACUGGAAGUAACAUGACAAUCAUAUCGAAGGAGUACUUUUAAAUACGAAAAAUCAGACGUAAGUUGCUUUUGCGGGCACAGAGAAAAAUAAAAUUACAUAUAAGUUUAUGCUCAUAGAGUUGAACAAUAACCAUAGGAACCAUAUAUGACUCCUUGAAAAUACAGCAAAGCGUGGACUAAGAAACCAGCUGGCAGAUGUCCAAGGCAAAUGUUGGUCCUUAGACUGAGUUACAGGCCGUUUCAGGCUGUUCUAAUGGCUUACGUAUCAUGGGAUAGUUAACAGUGGAAUGUGGGUGAGGACUAACUCAAUCGAUUUAUUAUCUUCAUGAUAAAGAAUGAUACAGUAGUUUGUCAUAUACAUCAUCAGGUAGUAAUAUUACAGCCAUGGCUAUUGCAAGAUUUGAAGAACAGCCAAAUUUUGUGCACUGUAAGCUGUAGGCAUCAAGUAGGCAAAAAGGGAAAUAGCAGAGAGAAGUAUCAAGUUGCAUAACAUGUACAGUACAUUCUGCUGUGAUUGAUUUGUUGAGAAAUAUGAUAAAGUGACAAUGAUAGAAAAUGAGAUAAAGGGCAGGACUUUCUUAGUUCUUAUCAA